AUGAAGUCUCAAAGGUCUACCCUUCUCCGCAGCCCGCAGUCGCAGUCAUCAACGACGAUGAGAUGGGAGCUGAGUCUACCGUUGACGCCGGAUGAAGCGACCGUUGGCCGGAACCUGUUCGAGAUACUUGUAGCCAACUACGGUAACUGGAAUGCUGUCAAAGCUGUCAGAUGCCGGCGCUUCUCAAUCGCCGAUGAUUUGGGAGGGGUGAAGAUCCCUAUUGCGAGAGAAACGCGGAGUCAUCGCUGGCGAAGUGUGGUGACGAAUCGCAUAGCGAUGGGCGAGAAGCUCUGGCUGGUGAAGUGUGCCCUCCAAAGAUGCCACACUCCGUCGGCACUCCUGAACCCGAACCUGUCAGAGUCGGUGGGGAACCACGAGGAUCCAGGCAAGGAGUUAUGGCCGGUGAAGUGUGUAGCCGCUAUCGCUUGCAAGUACGAAACUGGAGCUCGAGCUGCUAAAGGUCUCAUCAUGCCGCUUCUGAGCCUCAACCUACAUGAAGAACCAAAUGGAUGGGUGCCUGAAAAAAGGCCAAGAUUGCGACCCGCGAAGUGUGGUCUACCCUCCUUCACGGAACGUACAUCGCCGCAACCGUCGGCAAGAACAAACCUGAAGCUGAAGCAGCGGAAGGCCUGA